AUGGAUCAAAAACCAAGUGAAAAGGAACAAGUUGCUUCCAAUGAAGGUUAUCCUACCGGUGUAGCAUCUGAGAAAUACCUUCAAGACGGUGAAAGCUUCAAAGAAGACGAUAAAAGCGAGGAGAUCAUCACACAUGGUGGCGAUACUGCUCUUGCUAAUGCCCCAUGGAAGUAUAAGGUUAUUGCCUUGGUCACUGCAUUGUUGUUUCCAUUUGGCUCUCACUUCUCUGCCAGUGCUCUCUCUGCCAUGAAGAAGCAGAUCACAAGCAAUCUUGCCAUCUCUAAUACCCAAUACGGUGUCAUCUCUGCCUCCGUAUCCAUUAUUAAUACAAUCUUCCCUAUUGCUGGUGGUGUGUUUAUCGAUGUCUUUGGUUCAGUUUGGGGUACUCUUGCCAUCAAUUUCAUGAUUAUUCUUGGUUCUCUUCUCACUGCUCUUGCUGCCAAGUAUGAAUCAUAUGCCCUCAUGGUAGUUGCUCGUGUUGUAUUUGGUAUUGGUAGUGGCUUGAUUGUCACCAUGCAGGAAUCUCUGCUUUCUAAAUGGUUCCGUACCAAACAUUUGUCCAUUGCUAUUGGUCUUCAACUCUCCAUCAGUCGUUUGUCCACCUUCUUGGGUACAUUGGUUGCCAACUCUGUUGCCGUUGCCACUGGCGAUUGGGUCUGGGCUUUCUGGCUGUCAUUCAUCCUCUGUUGUUUCUCCAUUGCCAUGAAUUUGGUCUAUGCUCUUGUAGUGAAGCAUCUCAAGGGACAAGUUGUAUUGACUGAAAAGGAAAAGGAAGCCUUGAAGAAGAAAAAGACCUUCAAGUGGAGAUCCAUCUUCAAGUUCCCUCUCAUUUUUUGGCACAUUAUCCUCAUUGAAUUCAUCUACGCUGCUGUCUGGUCUUCCUUCCAAACUAUUGCUACUGAUCUUAUUCAAAAGCAUUUCGGUACCGAAGAUCGUUUAGCCGGUUAUAAAGCUAGUGCAUCUCAAGCUGUUCCCAUCGUUGCCACACCUGUCCUUGGUUUCAUCAUGGAUUUCUAUGGUCAACGUGUUGUGAUCUUGCUCGUUUCUGCUAUCUUCUUGCUUCUCAGUUCUGGUUUAUUGGGUUGGACCUAUGUUGAUGCUGUGGUCGGUAUGGUAUUCUACUCCAUCUCCCUUGCUUUCGGUCCUAUUGCUAUGAUUACCUCUAUUGGCAUGCUCUUGCCUUCAGAGUACAUUGGUACUGGUUUGGGUAUCUACAAGAGUUCCAACAAUAUUGGUACUGCCAUUCUUGAUGUUGCCAUUGGUGUUGUUCAAGACAAAACCGCCGGUCAAUCUUAUGUCAAUGUCAUGCUGGUAUUCAUUAUCUUGGCUGGCUUCGGCUUCGUCUUGAUUUGUGCUCUCUGGUGGAAUCAAUUCUACUUUUAUGGUAACCUUUUGGAAAUUGGACGUGCUAAGCGUACUGUUCGCAUGCAAGAAAUCAAUGACAAGGAACUUGAGCUCACAUCAAGAGGCAAGGAUCCUUACUCUGAGACUCCUGUCAGAAAGUUCAGUUAUCCUAUCGUCGGUUUCUUUGCCGCUGCCCUCAUCACUGCUUGGGUAUUGUUCUUUGUUUACUCCAUUCACGGUAAAUAA